CCUGAAGAGUCGAGUGGUUAAUCGUUCUAUGAAAGAUUUUAAGAAAAAGUACUUUACAUAAAUCCCUAUAAAAAAAUUUCAACCCCAAUCACUUCGUCGGGAGAUUUUCCCUAUGUCCUUAAAUGGAGAGUAACAGUGUAAACCGUAAAGUUUUAAGGAAGUAUAAAAACCAAAUAUUCGCCACAUUAGCAGUGAACAUUAUAACCUUUUCGCAAGGACACUCAACUGCAUGGUGUGCACCUUCUCUUCCACUUUUACAAUCCGAAAAUUCCCCAUUGCCAUCUGGACCUAUCACUGUUGAAGAAGCGUCAUGGAUCGGAUCGACGGUCUGCAUUGGAGGUAUCCUCGGAACCUUUUUAUUUGGUAUCCUAGUUGAUCAACUUGGCCGGAAAAAGGCUUUGUAUUUGCUUACAAUACCACAUACAGGUUUUUGGUUGCUCAUAAUCUUUGGUACAACAGCGAUUCAUUUAUGUGUUGCUCGGCUACUUAGCGGGAUAUCUGGAUUUGGUGCAUUUAUUGUGAUACCAAUAUUUGUUGCUGAUAUAUCUGACAGCAAGAUCCGUGGAGCGCUUGGAUCAAUAGUCACAAUAACUUUCAAUGCAGGAUUGCUUUCAGGAUUCAUUCUUGCAUCACAUCUUAGCUACAGUUUAUAUCCACGCAUCAUAAUUGGAUUAGCGAUCGUUUAUAUAUUUGCAAUAUAUUCUUUGCCCGAAACUCCUCAGUAUCUCAUCAAAAACAAAAGAAAUGAUGAGGCGGAAAACGCACUAAGAUUUUAUCGAAGUUUCGAAGCAUCAACCGAAGAGGAACGUCAGAAAUUUAAGGAGGAUCUUACAAUCCAGAAGGACACAAAAAAUGAAGAUAUGGAAAAGAAGGUUAACCUAUCGUACCGAGACUUCCUAAAACCUGCUGCCGUACGAGCACUGCUAGUCAGCCUAGGUGUACUGUUUUUGAAUCAAGCCUGUGGAAUGUUUGCUUUGCUCAAUUAUACGGUCAACCUAUUCAAGAGGUCUGGGUCGAGCAUGGAUCCAAAUACUUGUACCAUCAUUGUGGGAGCUAUUCAACUGGUGGGAGCAUUAUUGGCUUCUAAGUACGUCGACAAGCUGGGCAGAAGAAUUCUGCUAAUCACGUCUUGUUUAGGAGUAGCUCUAGGAUCCUUUGCCCUUGCGAGCUUUUCGUUCCUCAGCUCCACUAUGGACUUGUCCUCCGUAAGUUGGGUCGCAGUCGCUAGUGUUUCUUUCUCAAUAUUAUUGGGAUCAUUUGGGCUUAUACCGCUGCCCCAUGUAAUUGUAACGGAGAUCAUGCCACAAAAAAUAAAAGCAACUGCAGUUACCUUCUGCUUGUGCUUCCAUAGCGUCGUUGCAUUCAUUAUUCUGAAGGUCUAUCCUAUUAUGAUUAUAGAUUUAGGAGUGCAUGGUGUAAUGGCAAUAUCUGGUGCAGUUUGCGUACUCGGAGCCGUGGGAACUUAUUUGUUUAUGCCUGAAACGAAAGGAAAAGAUUUGAAUAUAAGCGAAGAUGGAUUUAGCCUCGCACUUUUUUACGAAUUUUUAUUCAAUUACGCUGUGAAAAUUAGAUUUUUGAAAAUGAUUGAAAACAGUGGUGUUUUGGAAAAGAUGAAAAAGUACAAAAAUCAGAUACUGGCGACAAUGGCAGUGAAUGUGAUAGCAUUAUCACAUGGUCAUGCAGUUGCAUGGCUUGCUCCAACGUUGCCUCUCCUGCAGUCCGAAAACUCUCCCCUGACGACUGGUCCUAUCACCGUGGAGGAAGCGUCGUGGAUUGGAUCAUUAGUAUGUCUUGGAGGACUUUUAGGAUGCUCAUUUUUCGGUAUUCUAGUGAAUCAUAUUGGUCGGAAGAAAAGCCUAUAUUUGCUAACAGUACCACACGCAUGCUUCUGGUUGUUGAUAAUCUUUGGCACGGAGGUACCUCAUCUUUACAUUGCCCGGACCGUUAGCGGAAUAACUGGGGGUGGAAUUUUCGCUGCUGUUCCAACAUUUGUGACAGAUAUUUCUGAUAAUAAGAUUCGCGGAACGCUUGGCUCGAUGUUUAUGAUGAGUUUUAAUAUCGGCAUAUUGUCAGGUUUCAUCCUUGGAGCCUACUUGAGUUACAGUCUCUUCCCCCAGGUUAUCAUUGGGCUAUCCGCCUUUUUCAUUGCUGCAAUAUUCUGCCUACCAGAUACUCCACAAUAUUUGAUUCAGAUAAAAAGGGAUGACGAAGCCGAGAAGGCACUUAAAUUUUAUCGCAACUUCAAAGCCGCAACAAAGGAGGAAUGCCGAGAGUUCAACGAGCAUUUGGCGAAUUUGAAAAACAGGAUACGUGGAAUUGCGGAAGAAAAACGUCCGAAAUUAUCUUAUCGUGACUUUUUACAACCGGCGGCGGUUCGAGGACUACUAGCUGGCAUAGGUCUCAUGUUUCUAAAUCAAUUCAGUGGACUUUUCGCUUUAAUUUGCUACACACCGAGCAUAUUCGAAAUGUCCGGAUCAAACAUGGACGGAAACACUUGCACAAUAAUUGUUGGAGCGAUUCAAUUGCUAGGAACGAUAGUUGCGACAAAUCUGGUGGAUCGAACUGGAAGACGAAUUCUGCUCAUCGUUUCCUGUUUAGGAGUUGCCUUGGGAUCAUUUGCCCUUUCAGUAUUUUCAUACCUUAGCGUUAGUCAAGACCUGACCCACCUGAGCUGGCUGGCCGUGACCAGCGUCUCAUUUGCAAUAUUUUUAGGAUCUAUAGGGCUGAUACCUUUACCGUUUGUAGUAUUCACAGAAAUCAUGCCGCACAAGGUGAAAGCGGUCAGUGUUUCUGUCUGCUUGAUGAUCCUCAAUCUGCUGGCGUUCACAGUUCUGAAAAUCUAUCCGAUGAUGAUGAUAAACUUCGGAAUGCACGGUGUGAUGUGGAUAUCUGGUGGCUUAACAACGAUCGGAGCUGUACUAAUUUUCUUCUUCCUGCCAGAAACGAAAGGAAAAUGCUUGGAAGUGAAGGAUGAUGAUUCAUAGUUUUUUUUUCAAUUUGAAAUCAACCUUCAGCUAGCCGUUGCAAUAGCUAGUGGUGAUAAGAUACGUCCUUUCCGAAUGUUCCUUAUUGACUCAUAUUCAAUAUAUCCGCGAAUUGAAUAUCGAAACGAAUACGUCAAUCAAGGAACUACCGAAACGCGCAACUAUUUUUAAGCUUUAUACGUACCUAUGUAGAUGUAAUAAGUAUGUAUAAUAAGAUAAAGGGUUAAUACAUAAGUAGGAGAGAAUUCUUAAAUGAAAA